CCACACUUCCUUCUCCACACCCGCCCAAUGUCCGCUAAUCCAGGGCCGCUGAAACGAAAGCACUCUGCCAAAACUAUCAAAGAACUCUUUACGACCCAAUCAAAGCCCAACGCCGCCGCCGCAGCUCCGCUGUCACCAACCAACAAGCGCACACGGCGGGGGAGCUCCCCAGUAGCUGGCGCCGAGGUUUCCGCACCUCCCGCUCCAAUAAGCAACAUGAGUACGGCAGACAUGUACCAUUUCCCCAGCAAAAGAGCGGAUGCAUCGAUCACCGCCGAGGUGGUGGACGUUACCUCAAGUCCGGACAACAGCCCCGCGAAGGCUAACGGUCUACGCAAUGGGCUACGCAAGCCGGCACCGAACAUGCAUGCCAGUGGCCCGAAGCGAUUGCUGGUCAAGAACUUCAAGCCGACCAGAAAGGUGGAUCCCAGGGUCUUUUUAGACCAAACGUGGCAGAAGAUCGAGAAGGCUCUGGAUACCAUCUUCAGGCAGGAGGACAUCGAUUUCAGCCUCGAGGAGCUGUAUAGAGGCGUGGAGAAUAUCUGCCGCCAAAACAUGGCCAAGGACGUCAAGGAGCGGCUGGUCAUAAAAUGCCGGGACUAUGUGGGUGGGAGUCUAAAGGCGAAGGUCAAGGAGAGCUUAGGCAGGACGAAUAUCGAUGUGCUGAGGGCGACGCUGCAGGCAUGGGCGGUGUGGAACGGUCAAGUGAAAUACCUCGACUGGAUUUUCUGCUAUCUCGACCGCGCCUACCUGCUCCCACGGCACGAAUCCCUUCGCGAAAUCUCCAUUACCCUCUUCCGGACCACAAUAUUUGAGCACGCGAAGCUCAACAAACGCAUUGUAGAUGGUGCUUGCGAUCUCGUCGCGGCCGAUCGAACCGGCAGUGAUCUUGAUAGCGAAAUGUUCUCCAAAACGGUCAACAUGUUCCAUGAAAUGCAAGUAUACACGAAAGACUUCGAGCCACGCAUGUUGGAAUUUAGUCAGGAGUACGUUAUGAAGUGGGCCGACGCUGAGAGCACAGAGAAGUCGUUGCCGGAGUAUGUCCGAAGUGCAAGAGCGCUUAUGGAUCGCGAGAUGCGGAGAGUGGAAAUGUUCAGCCUCCCGAACACAACGAAACGCGAUCUUCUCACACUGCUCGAGGACCAUUUGGUAUCGAGAAAGGAGCCGAGACUAACCAAUCAAGAUGAGUUCGCUGACCUCCUCGAACUCAAUGCCGUCGAAGACCUCGAACUGCUAUAUACUCUCCUCGAACGGCGAAAGCUUGGUGCCAAUCUGCGAUCAGGAUUCAUGAAGUGGAUCGAAGACGAAGGCACAGCUAUCGUAUUCAAUGAGAAAGAGCAGGAUACCAUGGUUGUUCAACUGCUCAGUCUAAAACGUCAACUAGACACGUUAUGGAAAGUGGCUUUCCAUCGGAAUUCGGAGAUCGGUCACGGGCUACGAGAAUCCUUCGAGGCGUUCAUGAACAAGACAAAGAAAACGAAUGCUAGUUGGGGUACCGACAACUCCAAGACCGGCGAGAUGAUCGCAAAGUAUGUCGAUAUGCUACUAAGAGGUGGUGCGAAGGCCAUACCAGCGCAAUUGAGCCGGAAAGCAGAAAAGCCGGCUGCUGCAGAGGCCGUAGAGGAGAACGAGGAAGUCGUCUUUGAUGAAGAUACCGAGGUCAAUAACCAGCUGGAUCAAGUGCUCGAUCUCUUCCGCUUCGUGCACGGCAAGGCUGUCUUCGAGGCUUUCUACAAGAAGGAUCUUGCGCGGCGGUUGCUGAUGGGUCGAAGUGCAAGCGCGGACGCGGAGAGGAGUAUGCUGUCAAGACUGAAGAUUGAGUGCGGUGCUGGUUUUACCGCCAACUUGGAGCAAAUGUUCCGCGACAUCGAACUCUCACGCGAGGAAAUGGCUUCCUACAAGAACAUAAGUGAAGCGCGCAACGAAAAGCUGAGCCUCGACAUGAGCGUCAAUGUUCUCUCAGCAUCAGCUUGGCCAACAUACCCCACCGUCCCUGUUAUUCUUCCCCCACAAAUCAAAUCCGCCAUUGAUAAGUUUGAAGCACACUACAAGGUGAAGCAUUCUGGCCGCAAACUAGAGUUCAAACAUGCACUCGCACAUUGUCAGGUCAAAGCAAAAUUCCCUAAAGGGAACAAGGAGUUUGUGGUUUCUUCCUUCCAGGCCAUCGUCCUUCUCCUCUUCAAUGGUCUAAAGGAGGGGGAGCAUAUCGAUUACAACUACCUGAAAGAAGCCACAGGACUACCAACGCCUGAGCUAAACCGUACACUACAAUCGCUCGCUUGCGCAAAACUCCGGCCCCUAACCAAGCACCCCAAAGGCCGCGACAUCAACCCUACCGACACAUUCACUCUCGACAACACCUUCAGUGACCCCAAAUACCGCAUCAAAAUCAACACCGUACAGCUCAAAGAGACGCCUCAGGAAAACAAAGAAACGCACGAGCGCGUCGCAGCUGAUAGAAAUUACGAAACGCAAGCGGCGAUUGUGAGGAUAUUGAAGGCGAGGAAGAGAAUCAGUCAUGCGGAACUGGUCAGCGAGACGAUCAAAGCGACGAGGACUAGGGGCACACUGGAAGUUAGCGGGAUCAAGAAGAAUAUCGACCGGCUCAUUGAGAAGGAAUUCCUAGAGAGGGAGGACGAUGGGCUGUAUGCUUAUAUUGCGUAAGAGGAAACAGACUGGCAAGUCUUGUGCGAAGAUAUGCGGUCGAAAGGAAGAAGAUGGAAGCGGGAGCGACCAGUGUUUGUAUAGCGUGAGCAAUUACAUCUAAAUGCCUUUACGGCUAAACUCUCUCUUGCACUACAUAGCGUUUCUCAAAAGGGAGAACCCCUCGAAGUCGUCCGUAGUCUCUACCAAUCACUGCAUGGUCUUGCUACACUCUAGUGCCCAUUGGUCAUGCUUCGGGGUGAAUCGUCCGGGUGGGUAUUGGGGGCAGGAUUGAUGGAGGUGGUCCAACGGUCUUUAUGGGGAGACAGGAGUGUUGCUCUGACCGCCUAUGUUGUUCGUUGCUGCCAUGGUAGUUCUUUACUCAUUGGGAAAGCUAUCUUGCGGCAUUUUGGCAAGACUGAAUGGUUCAAGGUCAUGGAGACCAAAGUUAUCUAGAGAUUUGGAGAGUGGCGCAUCAUCUGGCCCUGGAUGGAACUUGUG